AUGUUGUUGACAAAGGAGUGUUUCAUAUUAUUCAUCGCUGUUGUGAUAACUUUGAUCAAUGCUGAGUGUGACAAGAGCCAUACGUGUUCAAUCACAGACCCAAAGUCUGUAACGUUCAAUAACAUGGAGUUUUCGUGUAUGGGGAAUUCCAUAUGCAAUAAAAAAUAUGAAGAACCAUGCACUUUUUGUGUCGGAUUGAAAUGUAAUGUCAACUUCAUGUGCAUCGUGAGCCACCCGACAUCCGUCGUUAUCAAUGGAAGUCUCAUGGAAUGUCCUGAUAAGAAAACCUGCAAUUCAAUGUACAAAGAACCAUGCGAACCAUGUAUUAGUCAAGAUUGUCCAGAUUUCAGCUGCAUCGUGAAUGAACCGACAAUGAUAUUGAUCAAUUCAACUCUAUUUUAUUGUCCGAAUAAGUCGAUUUGUAAUAACAAUCCUGGACCGACUUGCGAUCCAUGCGUGGAUAAUAACAAAUCAUCGAACUUGAUGUUGAAAUUAGCGAAUACUGUUUAUGAAAAAGUAUACCCAUGA